AUGGAGAAGGAUUUCCCAUCAACUCCAACUGCUGUCAACACCCAGGGGUCAUGCCCUGUUGUGGAUGGACCCUCUCUUCCCCCUCCCACACAGACUCCUCCUUCCUCCCCAUCCCUAACAGAACCCGGAGAAUCAUCUUAUUCCUCUGAAACAUCCUCUAAACCGAUGGAUUGCCCUCCAUCUGUAAAGGGGUCAAAGCCCUCAACCCCUGCUGUGCCAUCUAAACCCGUUUCCACUCCGUCCUCUCCUCCUCUGGGCAAAACUCCACUUGUUUCUUCUCCCACCCUCCCAACCCCUCAAGUCCCCAAAAUGUCAGGCGUCUCCAAGCUCACAUCUGCCUCCUUUACGUCGGCUAGCCCGGCCUGUAACGCCCUGACAGAUCCCCCUACUUCUUCUUCUUCCUCCAUCUCUUCCACUGAGGCUCCUGCAGCUUCUUCCGUCGCCCCCGUGAAACGCACCUUUGCCUCCUUGGCCAAGAAGGUGAUAUUUCAAGAGAGACUUCGGAAAGCCGAGGACAAUGCCAAUGAUGAAGAGGAAGAUGAAGAACCAGAAGAAGACUUGACCCUAGAGCAGAUAGAGGAGAAGGCCCAAGCCGAUGAUGCCAGAGCCCAGACCCGGCUGGGUCAGCACCAUUUGAGUCUUGCUGAGGAGAAAGACACAGAGCUAAAUAAUCGUCUGGCUGUUAACUGGCUGAUUAAAGCAGCUAAACAGGGAAGAAAAGGUGCAGCGAUCGCACUGCAGCGCUGUUGGAACCAGAAAAAAGGAAUCACCCCAGAGAAUGAGGCCGACGUGCGAAAGUUGUCAACAGAGAGCAGGUUUGAGCUGGCGGUGCGCAAAGCGGCCAUGAUGAUGUACUGGAAACUCAACCCGGACAGGAAGAAGAAGGUGGCUGUGGCUGAGAUGCUGGAGAAUGUCAGCCAGUGCAGUCCAGUCCAAGGUGGCACUGCAAGCCGGAUUCCUGGUCCAACCUCAGGCCAGACCCAGAAAGUACUGGAGAGCAUGGUCAGCAAUGAGUCCACACAGUUAGUAGACCUGGACGACUUUGUUGAGAUGACUAAAAAGUAUGCACAAGGUAUUUCUCCACAAACUGGCAGCCAGGUCACAGCCAAGACUGAAAGUCCGACACAGGUAAAAGACCCAAUCAGCAAAAAUAGAAAUAAUCGGCAUCAAAAGGACCCAGACCACAAGGCUGAGCUUGUGCCGUCGGGAUACAAGAAUGCCUUCAAACGCUCUUGGAGUUUUGGCCGAAGUGGAAUGAUGCUGGACACGAAGCAGAACGGGGCCAUGAAAAAAGCCAUGGACAUGAAGUCACGCUUAAUGGUGCUGCAGUACCCGCUGCACGCCAUCAUCGAGAUGAAGGAGCACCUGGUGGACUGGGCGUCGAGGGCCGGCGUCCAGUGGCUGAGCACGGUCAUCCCCACGCAGCACGUCAACGCGCUCAUUUUCUUCUUCAUCAUCAGCAACCUGACCGUCGACCUGUUUGCCUUCGUCAUCCCCUUGCUCGUCUUCUACCUCUCCUUCGUCUCCAUGAUCAUCUGCACGCUGCGUGUCCUCCAGAGCAGCAAGACUUGGGAGAACUUCAGCGCCCUGACAUCUCUGCUGACCCGUUUUGAACCUGGCCUGGACCUGGAGCAGGCAGAGACCAACUUCGGGUGGAACAACCUGGAGCCGUACCUCUACUUCAUCCUGUCCGUCUUCUUCGUCAUAUUUUCCUUCCCUGUAGCCGACAAGGGCUGGAUCCCCUGUUCGGAGCUCUCCACCGUGGCCAUCUUCUUCACUGCUGUCAGCUACAAGAGCCUCAGCCCCACCGCCAUGACCUACGCACGCCGAGCCAUGGCCAUAGAGGUUGCAUCAUCUCUGUGUUGCCUGACCCAGUUCCUGCCAGAGAACAUGAUAGUGGUUCGUUGUCUGGGACGCACAUUCGCCAUGCUGCCACUGGGAGAGUCGGUGGUGUUGAAGCUCAGCCUCCCCUGCCUGCUCUAUGUCUACCUGUUCUAUCUGUUCUUCAGCAUGGCCAGGAUGCGUGGUUUCAAGGGGACUUACUGCUUCCUGAUUCCAUACCUGGUGUGCUUCAUGUGGUGUGAGUUCUCCGUGGUGCUCCUCCAGUGCUCCUCGGCUGUGGGUCUUAUGCGCACCUGCGUGGCCUACUUCCUCUUCCUGUUCGCCCUGCCCGUUCUGACUUUCGGCCUCGCCGCCAUGCUCUUCAUACAGCUCUUCAAGUGGUUCCUGGAGCUGGAGCUGACGAAGGUGAUCGUGACCUUGGUAGUGUGUGCGAUCCCCGUCACCCUGCGGCUGUGGACGCGGUUCAGCAUGUCCAUUCUGGAUGUCUUCAGCUCGCUGACCCAACGCGGCCCGGUCAAACUCAUCUUACUCUGCAUCUCCAUGGUGAUCCUGUUCUUCUCUUUCUACGUGUACCACGCAGAGGGGCAGAAAGCGUACAACUCCACCAUGACUUGGAGACAAUACAGCCAGGCGUGCGGGCCCCCCGCCUGGGAAACCAAAGGCAUGGCCCAGACACAGCUGUUCUGCAGCCACCUGCACGGACACAGAGUGACCUGGGUUGGCCGCUUCAAGCACAUCCGUGUGGCCGAGACGGACAACGGGGCACAGUCGGUCAUCAACAUGUUGCCGGUGUUCAUGGGAGACUGGCUGCGCUGUCUGUACGGAGAAACGUAUCCCAAAUGUGAGCCAAAAAACGCCACGGUUGCAAACCUUACAGCUGCCAAUAUGGCAGCAGGUUCGGCAUCGGAGACCGUUACGCUGCCCAUACUGCUCCGAAUGCAAGAGGAGGAGGAGAUGUGUGAGAUAAAGGCUAUGGCCAAACACUCCUGCCACAUCAAGCGCUUUGACAGCCACCGCUUUGAGGUGACCGUGGGGAUGUUCCGGGACGGAGGCGUGGAGGACCCAGCCGGGGAUAUAAUCCUAAUGGCCAGCCAUGAGUUCAGGCAAGUGCUGCUGAACCUAAAUCCUGGCGAUAUGGUGGAGUUCAGCACCACGCUGGAUGGCCGUCUAGGAGCCAGAGCUCCGGCCUUCGAGUUGAAUGCGAUCCACUGCCUGGACUGUGCUUCCUCACUGCUGACUGGGGGCAGGCAGGUGAAGAUUGAGAGGGACUGGAGACACACCACAAUGAGAGCUCUGAAGUUUGCUUUUGAUUUUUUCUUUUCUCCCUUCCUGUCAGCAAAAAUCACGGCUUGA